CGUCACUCCCAUCUCUCACCAACCAGUCGUCGCCAAAGAUGCCCAAGACGAAGCGCAACAAGGUCAUAUCCCUCACUGCUACCCAGCGCUCUGCAUCAGAUCGAUCAGAAGCAAAGACGACGCUCCUCUCCUCGGUACAGCAAUGUGCGCAGGAGUACCCUUACAUUUGGCUGUUUAGUCUCGCCAAUGCUCGCACUGCCUAUCUGCAGGAAGUGAGGAAGUUGUGGAAGGACAGCGGGAGGAUCUUUGUUGGGAAGAACAGAGUGGUGGCCAAGGCGCUUGGUGAAGGGGUGGAGGAUGAGGUUGUCAAAGGAGUGAGGGGGUUGAGCCAGCGCCUGACAGGCUCUGUCGGCCUCCUCUUCACCAACUCUCCCCCCGCAGAGGUAUCAGACUGGUUCGCAACACACGAGCGAAAAGAUUACGCCCGCGCAGGCAACGUUGCUCGCUCCACCGUAACUCUCCCAGAAGGGCCCCUCUACACCCGCCCCUCAACAGAGGGCACCUCCCCCGAAACCCUCCCCGGAUCCCUUGAGCCUCAACUGCGCAAGCUCGGUCUUCCUACCGAGCUGAAGCGUGGAGUUCCCACCCUGCUUCGCGAGCACCAAGUCUGCACGGCGGGGAAGCGCCUUGACGCUCAAGCGGCGCAGAUUCUCAAGCAUUUGCUAGACCAGCAGGCGAGCUUCCGUAUCAUUCCUCUCUGCUACUACAGUGCUGCGGAGGAGGCGGUCAAGGAUUGCGAACUGAGUGAGGAGGAGAAAGAUCUGGUCAAGAUGGCGAGCGGCAAGGAUGGGGAGCAAUUGCCUGGUGGGAGGGUCAAGAGUGGCAAGAAGAGUCAGAGACAAGCCGCAGUUGGGGCCAAGAAGGCCAAGGCUGGGCAUGAGGAGGACGAAGAGUUCAUGGACGAGGAUGAGGGGGAUGAUAACGAGGAUGACGAUGAUGAGGACAUCGAUGAGACGGGCGGGGACAGGGUGACGGAGAGCAUGAUGCUUCCCGCCCACUUGCGAUGAGCAACCAGGGUUCACACACACAAAU